AUGGAUAACGUCCAAUACGCAACAUGGGCUGAGCUUUUCAAGGUCCAUUGCCGUUCUGUCAAGGUACUUCAUCACAUCAUUCGUCCUUUUAAAGACACUCCCAUUUCUGAACCCAAAAUUGAUGCUGAAAAAGAAUUAUGGAGCACACUUGAUGCCACGGUUUUAGGAUGGAUUUAUUCUACCAUCUCUGAGGACCUUCUCAAUACCAUCCUUGAGCCCGACUCAACUGCCAUGGACACUUGGAAUCGUCUGCAAGACAUAUUCCAAGAUAAUAAACAUUCUCAAGCCGUCACUCUCGAACAAGAGUUCUCACCCACUCACAUGGCAGAUUUUUCGAGUGCCUCGUCUUAUUGUCAAAGGCUCAAGGUUCUCUCCGAUCAACUUAAAAAUGUCGGAGCCCCGGUUUCCAACAACCGGUUGGUAUUACAAAUGGUUGCAGGACUUACUGUGGCAUACAAUAAUGUCGGCACUCUCAUUCAUCAAAGUGACCCAUUACCACCCUUCUACAAAGCCUGGUCUAUGCUCAUCCUUAAAGAAGCCGGCCUUACCAAACAAGCUGCCACCACCGGCGACACUGCUCUGGUUGUUACUCCUUACAAAGAUUCCGACUCCUCCUCCUUUUAUUCGGAUUCAUCUAACCACCACAAAAAUAAACCAAAAAAUAACAACUGUAAUAAUACGCAUAAAAAUAAAAAUCAUGGUGGCAAGGGUGGUGGGCGCGGUGGCGGUGGUGGCGGUCGGACCUCCGGUGGUGGUCAUGGUGGCCACGGCAGCAGUACUGUCGGCCAGGACCAACGGCAGUGGCAGCAUGCAAGUCCUUGGAGUUCUGCUCCUUAUGGUUAUCCGUGGCAGUGGGGUGUUGUUCCCCAUGCCCAUAUCCUUCCACAUGGGACAUGCCCACUUCUUUCCCUCCAAGGACCCAGCAGCAACAGUCCAGCAUUCUUGGACCAAGGCCUCCACAAGCCUAUUCUGCCACAGCUUCUCCAACUGACAUCGAGGCUGCUAUGCACACUCUUGGACUCACUCCUCCUUCCCCACGUGGUACAUGGACACCGGGGACACGUCUCACAUGAUAUCUUCUCAAGGUACACUCUCUUCUUAUUUUAA